GCGCGGGUGCUUCUGUGUUGACAUGAAGGGCGUGACCCGAGCACCUGUAACCAAAACAAACUCAAAAAAAGUGCCAAUUGCAAGCUAGCGAGCAGGACUUUUUGUUUUGUUGAGUGAACGUCCGGUAGCUGGUUAUUUUACUUUUGGUUUUGCAUCUUGUUCAGCCUUGUUGUUCCCUUGCAAACCAGAAGCAAGAAGCAAUCGAUACCGGGUACUUUUUUUUAUCAAGGUAGAUAGACAGACCCCCCGCCACCACCAGACAAAAAGAAGAAGAAAAAGAAAAAAAAUGCCGUUCAACUCCCCCUACGAACCCAUCCAGGUCCCAGAGACGGACAUCUGGAACCUGUGCUUCUCGCGGCGCAGCAAGGCGUUCCUGGACGGCAAGACGGUGUACACGGACGGGGCGACGGGGGACCGGCUGGACUGGGGCGGGCUGCGCAGCGCGUCGAUCGAGUUCGGCAAGGGGCUCAAGGCGCUGUGGGGGUGGCGGCGGGGCGAGGUGAUGGCCUUCUUCGCGCCCAACGGCAUCGACACGCCGGUGGUGACCAUGGGCCUGCUGUGGGCGGGCGGCGUGGCCAGCCCGGCCAACCCGCUGUACACGGCCGACGAGCUGGCGUUCCAGCUGCGCGACUCGGGCGCCCGCGCGCUCGUCACGCAGGUGCAGCACCUCGACGUCGCGGUGCGGGCGGCGGCGGCGGCGGGCAUCGCCGACGACAGGAUCAUCCUGGUGGGCGCGCACAUGUCGGACGGGGCGGGCGGGAGCAGGUUCAAGCACUACAGCAGCAUCCGGAGCACCUUUUACUGCAGCAAGUACGCGCAGACGCUGGUGGAGCCGAGGAAGGACCUGGCGUUUUUGGUGUACAGCAGCGGCACGACGGGGCUGCCCAAGGGGGUGUGCCUGAGCCACUACAACAUGGUGGCGAACCUGAUGCAGGUGGCCCAGACGGAGGGGCACUACCUGCAGCCGGUGGGAGGGUUGGAUGGGCAGGGGGAUCGGAUGUUGGGGGUGACGCCGUUUUUCCACGUAUAUGGCCUUCUCUCGUGCGUCCUGUCGUCGGCCUACUUUGGCUGGGAGCUGGUCAUCAUGUCGCGCUUCGACAUGGAGCAGGCGUGCGCGCUGAUCGAGAAGCACCGCAUCACGUACAUUUACGUGCCGCCGCCCAUCGUGCUGGCGUUUGCAAAAUCGCCCAUCUGCGACAGGUACGACCUCUCGUCGCUCAAGAUGCUGCACUCGGGCGCGGCGCCCCUCACGCGCGAGCUGACCGAGGAGCUGUGGAACCGGCUCAAGCUCCCCGUCAAGCAGGGCUACGGCCUCUCGGAGACGUCGCCCGUCGUGUCGGUCCAGGCGCCCGACGAGUGGGCCAAGUUUAUGGGCAGCGUCGGCAAGCUCGUGCCCAACAUGACGGCGAAGCUGGUGGCGGCGGACGGCCAGGAGGUGCCCGAGGGCGACGAGAUGGCCGAGGGUGAGCUGUGGGUCAAGGGCCCGCAGCUGUUCUUGGGGUACCUCAACAAUCCGGACAAGACGAGGGAGACGAUGAGCGAGGACGGGUACUUCAAGACGGGCGACGUGUUCCGCAAGGACAGGUUCGGGAACCUGUACUGCGUGGACCGGCUCAAGGAGCUCAUCAAGUACAAGGGCUUCCAGGUGGCGCCGGCGGAGCUGGAGGGCCUGCUGCUGGGACACCCCGAGGUCGCCGACGUUGGCGUCGUGGGCGUCCAGGACGACGAGCUGGCGAGCGAGGUGCCGAGGGCGUACGUGGUGCUCAAGGACCAAAGGGCCGGAGGGGAGGCCAAGGCGCGGGAGAUUGUGGACUGGAUGGCGAGCAGGGUGGCGCCGCACAAGAAGCUGCGGGGAGGGGUGGUGCUGGUCGAUGCGAUCCCCAAGUCGCCGAGUGGGAAGAUACUGAGGAGGGUGCUGAGGGAUGUGGCGAAGAAGGAGAGGAGGGGAGCCAAGUUGUAGAGUAGACUUGUAGUAUUCUCUCUUUUUUGACUCCAAGAAUUCAUUCAAGGCUAGUUCUAGUUUUAAAUAUAUACAAAGAACAUGUAAAAGCAG